CGAGAAAAUGGCGGCGUCUUCUGCCAAAUUUUUUGUACACCAAAAUCAAAAUAAAGCAAAUUCUUCCAGAAUAGAAUCAGUAAUAACAGGAGAUUAUCAGAAAAAUACCGUGUCUGGAGUUUUACCAACCCCAGGAAUCGGGAAUGUGAACUCCAAAGAUGACUUUGCCUUAACAAAUAACGAAUAUACAACAAAAGAGAAUGAAUAUGGUGAUAAAAUUCAUUAUAAAAGCGGCUGUGAUAGAAGGUCAGCAACAACAGUGUCAGCAUUUGGCGGAGAAGGCAAUGAAGCCUUUGUUGACAUUGAGGAGGUGAUUUCCACAAAAACAGUCAUUGUUAACACCAAAUCUGGUAGUGGAAGCACAGGAGACAUAAAUCACAACAAAAGUUCUGAUCGGUUUUCACAAUUCGAAAGUGAUAAUGUUACAACUUUACCUGAAGAAAUAAACAAUAAUUUCAGAGGGAGCGCACCCACACACACUCUCUAUAUUACACCAAAGACGUUUGCAAGUGAAGGCAAUGCGGGGAUAAAUGCUAAAUUUGCAUAUCAAUUACAAACACAAAAUAUUCAACAUAACAAUACGCAGGCUUUACAAAAAGAAGCGUCCAGUCUGCAUUCGGUUGCAAAACCGCUUAAUCAGCAUAAUCACCAGUGGGCCGAUAAGCCACCGACGAACGUAUCAACAAAAAUACUCAACAUACGCGCACCAGCAUCGUCAUUGGCGUCAACGUCGUUGUCGUCAGCGACAUCGUCGUAUACAAAUUUCGCCAUGAAUUCCAGCCAAUCUACACAAGCGCCGGGCAAUCGUAUAACAUUUACAAGUCAAACGCUUCCUAACGGCACAAUAAAUAUAGGAGGAGCGGCGGGACAUCCGCCAGGCUCAACAAUCAUAUCCACUUCCCAACUACCGAAUACCACCACUAUAAAGACAAUAACGUCAAGUGGAGCUGGCGGACAACAUCAUACACUGCCGCAACAAGUACAGGUACAGCAUCAUCAGGGUAAUCAGCAACCAUUGCUCAAUUCCAUGAUUCCGGCGAAUGUAGUGGUGGGCAUGCGUCCGCCAAAUGCGCAGCAACAACAAAAGAAUGUGCCAGGCAACACUCUAGGACGGGUAGUCAUUGGUGGACCACAUAUGGUUGGCGCCAGACCACAAAAUCCGGCGAUAACACUCAGUACACUAGCACCUGGACAAACGCCUGCACUCAUUUUAAAAACCGAAAAUGGAUAUCAAUUAUUGCGUGUUGGCACAGCCACCUCGGGUCCGGUCACACCAACCAUUGGCGGCAGUGGCGGCACCAAUUCCAAUCCGGCACAAAUACGUUUGCAAACUGUACCAGCUGCUGUAAGUAGAUUUGCAGGGCCUCCCAUAGCACUACGUAAAACGAUUGUAAGAUCAUCCACCUCCACAACUACCACUACUACCACCCACCACCACCAACAACAUCAUCAACAACAGCAGCAAGCAAAACAGCACCAACAACAGGCAACAGCGACGAAACAGAUCAAACAAAAUUCCAUGGCAGUGUCCUCGUCUGCGUCUAAUAAUAUUGUUGUGAACUCAGUUGCUUCGAGUACUGCUGGCCCGCAUCACACGUACACGUCGCAGGCGAAUAUCACGUUGCAACAGCCACACCAUCAGACUGCACUGCAACACCAACAACAACAGCAAACACAUCUUCAGUCGCAACAUCAACAGUUACAUCAGCAGACGCAACAUCUACUACCACAACCGCAGAUAACGCAAAUUCAAACAAUUCCAGCACAGCAUUCGGCCAGUGCGACCGCCUCCACGGGCAGCGCCGCGAACACAACGACCAUGAGUAAUAACCACAGCGCCGUGUCGACGGCCAGUGCCGGCACAACGACGGGGACAGCUAAUGUGACGACCACACAGAGUGCAGCGCAAGGCAAUACCAAAGAGAAAUGUCGCAAAUUCCUAGCGAACCUGAUCGACUUGGCGACGCGUGAGCCGAAACCGGUGGAGAAGAAUGUACGCAAUCUCAUACAGGAAUUGGUGAAUGCGAAUGUGGAACCGGAGGAGUUUUGCGAUCGACUGGAGCGCCUAUUGAACGCCAGUCCGCAGCCUUGUCUAAUUGGUUUUUUGAAGAAAAGUUUACCACUCCUGCGUCAAGCGCUGUUUACACGGGAACUUGUCAUCGAAGGCAUUAAACCGCCGCCGCAACAUGUUGCCGGGUUGACAACGUUGCAACAAUUUCCAAAAAUUCAAGCGCAAAUACGUCCGAUAACUCAGAGUCAAACCACGACUAUUGGGCAAACGCAAGUCAGAAUGAUUUCUCCUGCCGGCCCGGGUGGACCACGUCCCAUUGGGCAUACUACAAUCACCAAACAGCAGGGCGGUAUCCGCAUACAGGGACCCACCAACGGACCACGGCUUGUCAACGCCCAAAUACGCGGCCCCAUUCCAGCAUCCAUACAGCAGGCGAACGCUCAACUGCCCUCGGCGCCGACGCAAGCGAGUAUUGUACAUAUACGUGCACCAACGGUAACGCAAAUCAGCCGCCCGACCACAGUACAAAUACGUACUGCCAAGGGUAAAAAUGCGCCACCGGGUAUAACGCAUGUCAAAGUUGGACAAACACAAAUAAAGGCGAUCGCCUCGCCUGUACCGUCGCUCGUCGCAACGAAUCAACCGCCCUCCCUAACAGCUAUAUCUAAUAGUUUACCACCCUCGUCGACACCAUCCCUCUCCGCUGUAUCCACAAUACUAUCCACCAUCAAUUCCGUGGCGACCUAUUCGAAUGCAAGCAGUGGGACAUCGUUGCCAACACCAUCAUUGCCCACCGUGCAACUGCCACCCAGCCUAAUGCACCACAGCAGCAGUCACCUGAGCAGUCAUGCCGCCAUUGCCGGUAUUGGUGAGAGCAUAAGAAUUUUGGAUCCAAAACUAGAGAACGUUAUCAAACAAGAGAAGAUUAUACCUGUCACACCGCCGGCGAAUAAGACAACAGCUAAAUCGGGUGCUGCGUCCGCUAGUAAAGCGUCAAGUAAAAAGAAGAAAGAACAACUGGAUAAAGAGAAAGAGGAGAAAGCAAAUGCCUCGGGUGCAGCCGUCACAGCAGCAAUGUCUUCAUUCUACCAACAACCCUCUAUAUCGAUGUCAUCUUCGGUGUAUGGCGACGACGAUAUCAAUGAUGUAGCCGCCAUGGGCGGUGUCAACUUGGCCGAGGAGUCGCAACGCAUACUCGGCAGCACUGAAAACAUCGGUACACAGAUACGCUCGUGCAAGGAUGAAGUAUUUCUGCAUUUGCCAGCGCUGCAGGCGCGCAUACGUGCUAUGGUGUUGGAGCGUGGUCUAGAAGAACCAUCGCAAGACGUGGCGGUCUUGAUAUCGCAUGCGUGUCAAGAGCGUCUGAAAAAUGUCGUCGAGAAAUUGGCUGUGAUAGCAGAGCAUCGCAUCGAUGUAAUUAAGCUGGACCCACGUUACGAAGUCACAAAAGAUGUGCGCGGUCAAAUCAAAUUCCUCGAGGAAUUGGACAAAGCUGAACAAAAGCGGCACGAGGAGUUGGAACGCGAAAUGUUGCUGCGUGCGGCCAAGUCGCGUUCCAAAAUCGAGGAUCCCGAGCAAGCGAAAAUGAAAGCGAGGGCGAAAGAAAUGCAGCGCGCUGAAAUGGAAGAGCUGCGGCAAAGGGACGCCAACAUGACGGCGUUGCAGGCUAUCGGUCCACGGAAAAAAAUCAAACUGGAUGGCGAUGCAACAGGCGCGGGCGCGAAUUCGAACGCCAGCGGUGCUUUAGGCGGUUCAAGCGUGCCAUCAGUGCCGCUACGGCCACGCAUCAAACGUGUAAAUCUACGCGAUAUGCUCUUCUUUAUGGAACAGGAACGCGAAACUAGCCGCAGUCAAAUGCUAUAUAAGGCAUAUCUCAAGUGAUCGACCUUGUGCAACGGCUAAGCAGGGGAAAACCACAUACUAAACACACAUAUAUAUAGCAUAUGAUCUUUCUGAGCAUGAUGAAAUGCAACAUUACAUCAACUACAGUCAUAUAUCUUCAUACAUUUAUUUUAUAAAUUUCUAUGUACAUUUAUUGUUGCGCUGUUGCACGCUGAUUUCAACUUUUUACAUUUAAUCACGUUUCGAAUUGCGAAAAGUAAACACACUGUAUGCGACUUACAAUUC